AUGGGGAGUGAAACUAAUAAUGCUCGCAGUGGAAAGACGGCGGCGAUAGACGUUGUUGCGACGGUGAAGGAGAUCGUUAACUGUACGGAACAAGAGAUCUACGACGUUCUUAAGGACUGUGAUAUGGACCCUAACCUCGCCGUCGAGAAACUUCUCGCUCAAGAUACGUUUCGUGAGGUUAGAAGCAAACGUGAAAAAAGGAAAGAGAUGAAGGAGGCGGUGGAUUCAAGGACGAGGGGUAAUAGUACAGGGUUGAGCAGGGGAGGCAAGAUUGGCAUUGGCAAUGAUCCUGGUGUUGUGCAAAAUGGAUUUCAUCAUAUGGCUUAUAAGGAAAACGGUAAAGCGGUUGACAAGCAAGAUGUUGGGUCAGUUUGUGCUUCGGUUACGUCUUCCACAACUCAUGUUGCGGGGAAAAGUACAAAAGUUGAUUCUUUAUAUACUGAUAAUGGAAGACAGUCAUUAGGAACAGGUGUCUCCAUGUCAGAUACUGCCCAAGUGUCUCCAGCACCUCUACCCCGGUUGGUAGGGGCGAGCAAAGGACAUCUUUCAAUGGCAGACAUUGUAAGAAUGGGCACAACAUCUCAAGAUGCUGUUUCACAUGACCAUUGUAAUUCGAUAGGAGUUUCAUCAUUAUCCGGAAAUUCAGAGUCCAGCUUGAGUCUUCCCUGUCAAAAUAGUUCUGAGCAACAAAGUUUUCAUGAUGAGUGGCCUGUAAUUGAACAGCCAAUAUCUGGAAACGCACAAACACUAAACAUGUAUUCUUCAUCAAAUGCUAAUAUUCCAUUUGAGCUUCCUAACUGGCAUGAUACUGAAGUAAGUUUACACAGGAACCAUGAAUUAGAUGCAGCCCAAGUUUCACGGGAGGAGAUUGCCCGUGAUAAUGCUAUUUCUGAAAAAAUUGAAUCUGCUUCUAUAUCGGACUACACUGAACUAGGACCACAUUCCAACUCUAAUUUAAAGAAUACUCUUACCUCCGACUUUUCUGGUUCUUAUGAGCAUCGUGAAGGUGUGUCAUCUGUUACUUUGGAUCUUCAGCGGCUAAAUAUGAAAGAGGCCAACCUAGAAGUGCCAUCAUCUGACGAUAUAGUGGUUCUUCCAAAUCACUUACAAGCCUUGGCUGCUGAGUGUUCGCAUCUGAGUUUUGGCACAUACAAGGGUGGCAAUAAUUCUGCAUCUUCAGAGGCUUUCACACCUAAUAAUCUUUCUAGAGAUGGCUUGGAGAUGAAAUCUGCAACUGUAGAUGGCCCCUUGGCUCAGCUCUUGAAACCCAGUUCUCAAAACCUUGGAGAUCAGCUUGGGUUUGACAUUCUUAGAGGAACACCCGGUGAUCAAAACUAUGGCCUCCAUUCAACUCUUGGGCAUGAAUACAACACUACAGCAUCUAUAUCAGAUCCUAGUUUGCAAAAGUCCCAAUGGAUGGUUCCAUCACUGCCUUUGAAGCAGCCAUGCGUGCAGAGUGGAAACCAUUCUUCAUUUCCAGGAGAACUGCAUAAUAGUUCAAAUGCGGUACCCCAAGAUUUGUUGGCAUAUCUCCUAGCAGAAUCACGACGUUCAAAACACAAUGCGGAACCAUCCAUAAACAAUUUCCCCCUCUCCAUGUCCGGGGUAUCCAGGGAUAUAGAACCAGGCACCUUUGCUUUGCAUAACAGACCGUCACCUGCCCAGGGUUUUACAGUGCAACCCAAUAAUCACUUUCAACAAUCGCGAGAAGCAUAUUAUGCCUUACCUCAGAAUCAGUCAUAUAUGGCAACCAUUGAUUCUAGGAGAGCAUUUUCAGACAACACUGCAUACAGUGGAUCUCAUGCAAACAUGAAUUACAACAGCCUUCCACAAAAUAGAAAUGAAUUCAUGAGUAGAUUGCAUCCAUCCACUGUCAGUGAUGCACCUGGUUAUGGAAAUCCCGAUUCUUCCCUUUAUUGUCCUGGAAGCUUUCAACCUAAUGCAUCUCUUGGUAAUAUGAAACCUUCGAGUAACUUGAACGAGAUUUUAACUUCUCAAUAUUAUGGCGGACAUAACUUGAGCUCUGUUCAACCGCAUGAUAGCUUUUCUCAACGGGAUUAUGAGACGAGGUUAAGAUCUUCAUAUGUACCGGAGAAAACCCAAUAUAUCUUUCCGGACCAACCGAGUCAAGCUUCCCUGUCACAGUAUGCAAGUCAUGAAUAUUCUGAUUUCUAUCCUUCUUGGAGCCAAAUUCCGGAAGAACACAAGCAGUCAGGUAGUGUUCAAGAUUUGUUGCCCAGAAAAUUGCAUCAAUUUUGGCCGCAUAACCAAUAA